AUGUCGCUUCCGACGCCCACGACGGGUGCCGCACUUCGUCUUUUCGCCGCGUUCCUCGCGCACUUUCACCUGAGUGAGUUCGCAUUCGCCCUGCGCUUCAACCCCCAAGACGUCAGCACGCGCUCGUUCCUGCUUUCCAGGCCCUACGCCGCGGCGAUGACGUGUGGAGUGAUUGAAUUCGCCGCGUCGAGCGCGCUGAUGCCCGAGCGUAAGGCGUCACUGGUUCGUGGGACGUUUUACCUCGGCGCGUUCAUGUGCGUCUUCGGCGAAUGGCUGCGCAAGUCAGCGAUGUGCACCGCAGGGGCGGCGUUCACGCACUUGAUUCAGACGCGACGACGGGCGACGCACGUGCUGGUGACCGAGGGGGCGUACGCGUACGCGCGGCAUCCGGGCUACCUCGGAUGGUUCAUAUGGGCGCUCGGGACGCAGUUGGUCCUCGGAAACGUGGCGAGCGUGGCGGCGUUUGCCGUCGUGACGUGGGUGUAUUUUAAACGUAGGAUCACAUACGAGGAGCGGCAUUUAAGGAAUAUGUUUUCAGAGUACGAUGCGUACGCCAAACGCGUGCGAACAUGGAUACCGGGGAUUAAGUGA